AACCAUUUUAACCAUUUGUGGCCUAACGCGGUAUUUUGAGAUGUAUUCGUUACUACACAUUUAAAAUGGCAUCUUACCUAACUUAUAAUGGUAUCAGCGAUAUCCAGACACCAUAUGGUUGUUUGUUACGUAUUUACUUGUAUUUUCGUGGUUAUACAGCUCUAUUAUCAGCUGUAUGUAUGUGUUUUCAAAAGUCCGUUCUUGUCUACUAUCGAAAUUCCAAUUCUUACAAACAAAAAUAGUAGUCAAAAUAAAAUAACAAAGUGUCUUCGCAGUAACAAAUAUGUUUGGAGUGCUUACAACCGCACACAUUCGGAAAGCUGCAAACAAGUAUUUAUUGGUGUAGGUUGUUCUCCUGUUACAUACGAAAGCUUUUCUAGCAGCUUUUGUCAUGUUCAAGGUAACCUUAGCGAGCAACCUUCCUUCGUCGGCUGCUUCCUCAUCCGUCACAGUGAACUUAUCUUCGUUAAAUCAAGUGAACACAAAGAUGAUAAUGAUUGUCUGAGCAUCUGUCGUUCUCUGGGCAUAGCAUAUUCAUGGUUAGGUCCUGGUCAUACGUGCUGGUGUAUGAUGCAGCUGCCGAAUGAGUCUAGAAGCAUCCCUCUUUCUCAAUGCAGCAUUACUUGCACUCUUGAAGGACACGGCUUCGGUCCUAAUAAUGAUCCAUUUUGUCCUGACCCAGUCCCGGUCCGGGUUUAUGCGACAAAGGCAAGUCCUCCUUGGCAUCCCGUUCCUCUUUCUCUUAAGUCUGGUCUUAUAGACCUAGUAUCUUCGAAACCAGUAAGGAUAGUCUAUCUACUUGUCUGGAAUGGAAGGAGUUGGCCCCAUAUCCGUCGAAUGUUCGAGCUAAUAUACAACACUCGACAUUAUUAUUACAUUCAUGUGGAUGCGCGGUGUGGUUAUCUGUACACAAUGGUUAAAUCCUUUAUUGGAAAUUACCCGUCGAAUGUCUACCUAACAUCUACUCGGUUUUCGCCAAUAUGGGGUGGACAAAGUCUACUUGAUAUGUUCUUGUCAUCAUUAAAAGAUUUAUCCCUUAAUAUGAGUGAUUGGGAAUGGGACUUUGUGAUCAAUUUGAGUGAAAGCGAUUUGCCUAUCAGACCUAAUCACGAACUGGUUACUUAUUUGAGUCACAAUCGGGAUAAAAUUUUUCUACGCUCAUUUAGUCAUACUGGGCAAAGUUUCUUAAGAAAUCAAGGUUUUAGUCAGUUAUUCCUCGAAUGUGACUCAUAUGUAUGGCACCUAGGUGAACGAUCGGUCCCAUCUGGAAUUAUUUUAGACGGUGGUUCUGACUGGAUGAUACUGCCUAAAAUAUUUGUGGAUUAUGUUAUUUACAGUGAUGCUAGUUUAUUACGCGAUAUCAAGGAAUACUUCCGCUAUAGUUUGCUGCCAGUUGAGAGCUUUUUUCAUACUGUUGCGCAAAACACUCACUUUUGCACCUCAGUCAUCAAUCAUUAUCUACGGUUUAUCAAUUGGAAAAGACCACAAGGUUGUGGCUGUAAAUAUGGCAGUGUGGUUGAUUGGUGUGGUUGUUCUCCACUCGCAUUGAACGGACCAAAAGAUGCAGAACUUUUAUGUGAAUUAACCGGGAAAUGUUUAAAGCCAGAUUACGGAUUACAGCCAUUAUUUUUUGCUCGCAAAUUUGACUCAACUAUUGAUCUGGGGAUAAUAAAUUUUGUUGUAUAUGAAUUGUUAGAGCGUUCCGAUGUAGCAGUUAACCUGCGUAACGAUAAUUAUUAUUUAGAAAAUAUCUACUCAAAAGAGGAGGAUUCAUUAAUAGAUAAUCCACAUCAACAAGCAAUGUAUUUAGCUUUGAAGUGUUUAUCAAAGAAACUUAUGUAUCAAUUUUUACAAAAUUUUAACUACAAUCCUGAUUUAUUGUGUAGGUUGAAGUGUGUUUAUCUGAUUUUCAAUGAUUUGACGAUUUCAACGAGCAUAGUUUUCUCAAUAUGCAGGAUGUUAGCUGUAUUUAUGAUGAAUUACGUAAGCCAGGCAUAGUGUAUUAAUGUAUAAAUCACUGACAUUGUAAACAGUUCCUACCUCUUUUUUUACAUGCUGUUUGUGAAAAUGCGUGCAUUCAUUCUGAGACUUCACCAUGCAAUACAUUUUUUGUGGACUUAUUUAUUUUUAGAAUACUAAGCAAUAAAACAUGGUUGUUUUACGGUAUAUUUGACGACUGUGUCCUUACUAUUGGCUUAAUUAAAAUUAUGGUUUACAGUAAUCCUUUAGAACCUAAUUUAAUUUAUUUCUCCUGUUCACUAAAUGCAUUUUUCUAAUAGUGAUAAAUGUCGCCUAACAGAAAUGAGUGAUUCGUAAAUUACAACAAUACUCACAUUUCUGGGUAAUCCCAAUACCGAAAAAAGUAGCCGUCCAUAAUUUACGCUUACUUUUUCAAAACAUGAUUUCUGUUUUUUUUUUUUAAAAACGAUAACCACCCACUCUAAAUUUGAACGUUUGUUAUACUUCUCAUUUAUAUUUUACUAUUUAUUCUUUUCUCUGAUCCAUUCACGUACUCAAUAAUUUUAUUGAUUUGUCUAUAGAUGUAAAGUCAUCGUUGUUAAAUAGUUUUGCGUUGUUCAAUGCAACAGGUUGGGAAGAAUUCUAUCAUAUUCCAUCAAAUCAGCUAUUGAAUACAUGGGUUAAUAAAAGGAAUAUUGUACCUCCAUUAGUAAUACAAAUUCGGCUGACAGAAUUUACAAAUUUGAGUACUAUUAACGAUAGAAACCACUUUAUCGUAGAAUUCUUGUUACAUCCACCAUCACUUAGUUUCACUACUCUAGAUACCAUUAGUAAUUUAUUACCCGGUGAUAUUGGGUUUCUAGAAAUCAGUUCAAAUUUCGAUGUCAAAGAACAAAUAUUUCGUAAUUAUCCACGUUUUUUAACGUUACAAGAAACCUUAACUAUUUUAGUAUUAUGGAAAGGGAAUUCCGAUCAUAAAAUAUACAAAACUUCAGUUGUAUUCACUUUAAUCAAUCCUUUAGGUGUACCUUGUUUGAAACAACUCAAAUUACCACUUGUACAAAAUAAACAUACUGUUCGGUCAUUGGCUAUGCCAGAACUAUAUAUCACUACGAGUCUAUUUAAAAAUACAAUUUUAAUGAACUGUGUACAAAAACAUGUUAAUAUUGUUUCUGGUGAAUGGACUAUUAUUGCCGUUACUUCAAGUGGACAGAUUAGUCGUGCCAAAUUUGUUCUAUUUGACCCAUUGAAGCUUAGCCAGUCAUUAAAACUUCCUCAUAAAUUAUUGGCAGACGAGAAAUUGUUCGAUUCAGAGUCGUGGAAUUCUGUUCAAGUGACUGACUUUUGUAUAAUCCAACAGUCGACUAAAGGGAAAUCGAAUUUGUUGUAUACUAACAAUAUUACCUUUCGCAUUUUUAACGAUUUUCAUCGGAAUUGUACUACUGUUCAGUGGAGUUCCUUUUUUAAAUAUUCUCAUUUGUAAUUCCUUUUUAUUUGCGAUUUUUCACUAGCUCCGCCUCCUUUUUUGUAAAUAUUCACAGUUUAGCUUUAAUUAUAUUCACAGUUUUUAAAGAA